AUUUAUACAAACUAGUGUAUUUUUACACGUUUGCGCAUGCGCCGUAAAAGCAUUGAGAUGGAAAUAUUAGUCACAUGACACCAAGAUGGUGGACGUACAUAACAAGUCUAGGUGAUAGCAUUACAUACUAGGAAAUGGCAGAAGAAAAUCAGCUCCUUGUUGGUGGAAGAAAUGGUUUGGCAUAUGGGACUGUGAACCAGUCAAGUUCAUCUCUUCAAGACUCUCAGCAAACAACUCUUCCAAAUGUGCAAAUUCAGGGAGAAAACAACAAAAUUAAGGUAUACAAAAGGCGAUGGUAUAUUUUGACAGUGUAUGGUCUCAUGUCAAUGACCCAGUGUGCUGUAUGGAACACAUUCAGUCCAAUCUCAGAGGUUGGUGUUCAUGUGUUUGGCUGGGACACGGCUGGCCUAUCGCUGCUAACAAACUGGGGACCUAUCGCAUAUGUUCUGGGCACAUUCCAAUUCUCCUGGCUUCUAGAUAAAAAAGGCUUACGUCCUGCGUGUUUGAUCAGUGCAUUCCUCGUGGCCGCUGGUACUGGACUGCGGUGUAUCACAACUCAGCGCGCAGUUGCCACACCGCUUAUUCACUUUGGGCAGUUUUUGAACGGGCUUGCUGGACCAAUUGCCAUGGGAGGACCCCCUUUAAUAUCGGCAGAAUGGUUUCCACCUGAGCAAAGAACCACGGCUACAGCCGUAGGACUCAUAUGGAACACUUUGGGGCUGGCUGUCUCAUUUAUAUUAGGGCCAUAUCUUGUUCCACUGCGAGAACUUCAUCCGAAUAAUACGACCAUGAAUAUCUCCACCAUUGUUGCUCAGGGAGUUGUGGGUGACAACUAUACGAACCUGACCAAUUCAUUUAUUGACUAUGACAUUCCUAAAGAGAGGGAUGAUUUGAUGCUAUACAUGUACUAUUCCUGUGGAUGGUCAGUGUUUUGCCUGCUGCUGUUCUUCACCUACUUCCCAUCCAAACCUCCACUACCUCCGAGCCCAACAGCGUCCAUGCAGAGACUCGAGUUCAAAGUGGGACUAAAGAAGCUUUUAGUGAAUCGUACGUUCUGGCUACUAUGUUUCGCUUACGGUGUGUCAGGGGGAAUACUUAGCUGCUGGCAGGGUGUUCUGGAUGUGAACCUUAGUGACCAUGACGUGUCACAGGAUAUGGCUGGCUGGUUGGGUUUCUAUGGUGUCAUAGCAACAUGUGUUGCUGCCCUUGGUGUGGCCAAGGUUGCAGAUAUUUUUGCAAAGCACACGAAAUGGUUCCUUAUUGGCCUGUACUUGUCUGGAGGGGCAUGCUUCAUUGUUUUUGUUCUGGCGCUGAUCUCUGUUGUUCCAGACACAGCUGUUGUCCUAUACUCGACGUAUAUUAUCGCCAACCUCCUGUUGGGGGCUUCGUCUCCGCUGUUCUUUGAGAUGGCGUGUGAGGUCACGUACCCUAUAGCAGAGGGAAUCACCAACCUUGUUCUCACUCUCGUCAAUAACAUCGCAGGCCUAGUGUUCCUUUUUGUGCAGCUCAUACCUAAUAUAGGAACCAUGUGGGAGAACUGGUGUCUGCUGGGAGGGAUAUUUGUGUGCAUUCCGGUGCUGUUCCUGUACAGAGAGUCCUACAACAGACUGGAUAUUGAUAUCAUAGUGGAAGAGAAACCUAAAGAGGAAGUGAAAUCCUGAACCAGUCUGCAGACCACUAGUGAUUUGUGAAUAUAUAUGAAUCAGUUCCAAUUAAAUGUUCAUUAAUAGUUUAAAAGCUCCUACCUUAACGGAAUUAAUAAUGUUACAUACACUCCAUGAGUUAUGCUGAAAGUUUUUUUUACGAAAUGGAAAAUGUGAUUGAACAUUUAAGUUAUACUCACUAGUUAAACACAUUUUAAUUCCUGAAGCCCUCUAGUGCAUAAGACAGAAUGAAUUAAGAAUUUUGUUGAAAUAUGGAAAAGUAUAACUUUACCUUAAGACCCAAUGGUCCUGCUAAAUGGGUUGGAAAUACUGACUACUCUUACUUUGUCUUCAGAUUUGAUAAAGUUGGUCGUAUAAACUGGUAUAUAGUUAUAAGAAGCAAGGUCUGUAUAAAUAUUUGUCAUAACUCAAUAGCCUUUUUAAUUUUGCCUUGUCAACACGUUUUUCACUAAUUUAUUGCAAGAACUCUGAUACCUCGUUAUUCAAUCUGUAUUCAAUGUAUUACAAUUAAUUAUAUUUAGUUUACCGGUGUUGUUUUUAUUAAAUGAAGAAGUUUUUGCAUGUUUAGGUUAAGAUUUUCAACAAGGUUAUUGUAGAAAUAGUUUGUAAAUUGGGCUAUGCAAGCAAAUGUUUCAUAUAUUCUAUGGUUUGUUUUUGUGUAAGGAAUACUUUUCUUCCUUGAGGGAUUAUCUUUUUGUUUCUAAUACAUGUGAUCAACUGUGUAGUUCUGUGAUAGGUUGACUUUUUUUUGUUAAUACGUGAAUUUAAAUUAAAAAUAUUAUGUAUUUAUAUUGUACAACUUUAAAAAAAAUAUAUUCAUUGUUGUGCCCGUGUGUAGUUGCUUUUUUCAAUGUUUUGAAGAUAUUACCGUUAAAAGUCAUUCCAGCGAAAGCAACCAUCAUUUUCAUGAGAGAAAUUGAUUUUACGAAAACAUUUACCUAAUAGUGAAUGUUUACAAACUUUUACAUGUGAUAUUCUUUGAUUUUUAUCCGUGUAAAGGUUUGGUUUUCUGAACAUGUACUUAAUUGUACUUUUAGUAUUUUAAAAACGAUAAUUUUGAUGAUCUUUGUCAAUGAAGAUGUUUUCAUUGACAACACUGAUAAUUUUUGCAUCAAUCCAGACAUGGUUUCAAUAUAUUAAAUACUAUUUAGUUUUAGAGCUGUACAAACGAACUAAGUAAAUGAACCUAAUAGAAUUAGUAACCAUUUAUUGCAACACAUUAUUAACGUUUAUUGCUGUAAUUAUUAAAGGUUAAGAACAACAGCCAACAUUAAGAAGAACAAAAGCACAUAAUGGUUCGUCGUUGUGACACAAAUAUAUUUUUUUUGGCUAAAGAGAUUACAUGAAACAUAAUACUUCCAAGCAUUUUGCAUUUUUAGCUUCACUGGCCAGAGGCCAGCGGGGCUUAUGUCAUGGUCCUGUGUCAGUUGUGCGCGCAUGCGUUAACUUUUCCUUAAAACAUCUCCUCCUAAACUACUGGUCCAAUUCUGAUGAAAUUUCUCAGGAAUGUUCCUGGGGUGAACCUCUUUCAAAUUUGUUCAAAUUAUGCCCCUUGGGUAACAUUUGACCCUGCCCCGGUGGUCACAAAAAUGAAAAUUUGCUUAUAUAAGGCCUAUUUUGUGAAAACUUUCAAAAUCUUCUCGUCCAUAACCAUUUGGUCUAGGGCUAUCAAAUUUGGUAUGUAGAGACAUCUAAUAGUCCUCUACCAAAUUUAUUGAAAUUAUGCCCCUGGGGUCAAAUUUUACUCUGCCCCGGGGGUAACAAAAUUGAACAAAUGCUUAUUUAAGGCCUAUUUUGUGAAAACUUCCAUAACUUGUCGUCCAUAACCAUUGGGCCUAGAGCUAUAAAAUUUGGUAUGUAGAGACAUCUAAUAGUCCUCUUCCAAAUUUCUUCAAAUUAUGCCCCUUGGGUCAAAUUUGACCCUGCCCCGGGGGUUACAAAAUUGAACAUAUGCUUAUAUAAGGCCUAUUUUGUGAACACUUUCAAAAUCCUAUCGUUUAUAACUAUUGGGCUUAGGGCUAUUAAAUUUGGUAUGAAAAGACAUCUAAUAGUCCUCUACUAAAUUUCUUCAAAUUAUGCCCCUGGGGUCAAAUUUGACUCUGCCCCGGGGGUCACAAAAUUGAACAUAUGCUUAUAUAAGGUCUUUUUUGUGAAAACAUUCAAAAUCUUUUCGUCCAUAACCAUUGGGUCUAGGGCUAUCAAAUUUGGUAUGUAGAGACAUCUAAUAGUCAUCUACCAAAUUUCUUCAAAUUAUGCCCCUGGGGUCAAAUUUGACCCUGCCCCGGGGGUCAAUAAAUUGAACAUAUGCUUAUAUAAGGCCUAUUUUGUGAAAACUUUCAAAAUCUUCUCGUCCAUAACCAUUGGGCCUAGGUCUAUCAAAUUUGGUAGGUAGAGACAUCUAAUAGUCCUCUACCACAUUUAUUCAAAUUAUGCCCCUGGGGUCAAAUUUGACCCUGCUCCGGGGGUCACAAAAUUGAACAUAUGCUUUUAUAAGGCCUUUUUUGUGAAAACUUUCAAAAUCCUAUUGUCCAUAACCAUUGGGCCUAGGGCUAUCAAAUUUAACAUGUAGAGACAUCUAAUAGUCCUCUACCAAAUUUUUUUUCAAAUUAUGCCCCUUGGGUCAAAUUUGACCCUGCCCCGUGGGUCACAAAAUAGAACAUAUGCUUAUACAAGGCCUAUUUUGUGAAAACAUUCAUAAUCUUAUCGUCCAUAACCAUUGGGCUUAUGGCUAUCAAAUUUAGUAUGUAGAGGCAUCUAAUAGUCCUCUACCAAAUUUCUUCAAAUUAUGCCCCUGGGGUCAAAUUUGACCCUGUCCCGGGGGUCACAAAAUUGAACAUAUGCUCAUAUAGGGUCUAUUUUGUGAAAACUUUACAGUCUUCUACAAAGUUUUUUCAAAUUAUGCCCCUGGGGUCAAGUUUGACCCUGCCCGAGGGUCACAGAAUUGAACAUAUAUGCUUAUACAAGGCCUAUUUUGUGAAAUCUUUCAAAUCUUCUUGUCUAUGACUGUAUGGCAUAGGGCUACCAAAUUUGGUAUGUAGUGACAUGUAACAGUUCUCUUCUUAGUUUGUUUAAAUUUUGCUCCUGGGAUCAAAUUAUAACUGCCCCAGGGGUCACAAAAUUGAAUAUAAAUUAUGCUUAUAAAGGUCUUAUUUUUUGAAAACUUUAAAAGUCUUCUUGUCCAUAAACAUUGGGCCUAGGGCUACCAAAUUUGGUAUGUAGUGACAUCUUAUAGUCCUCUACCAAGUUUGUUCAAAUUAUGCCCCUGGGGUCAAGUUUGACCCUGCCCCGAGGGUCACAAAAUUGAACAUCAUCUGAUAUGAACAUAUUCUGCCUAUUGUGGGAAAACUUUAAAAAUCUACUUGUCCAUAACCGUAUGGCAUAGGGCUACCAAAUUUGGUAUGUAGUGACAUGUAAUAGUUCUCUUCUUAGUUUGUUCAAAUUAUGCCCCUGGGGUCAAAUUUGAAACUGCCCCAGGGGGUCACAAAAUUGAAUAUAUGGGGUCACAAAAUUGAAUAUAUGCUUAUAAAGGGCUAUUUUGUGAAAACUUUAAAAUCUACUUGUCCAUAACCAUUGGGUCAAGUGCUACCAUAUUUGGUAUGUAGUGACAUCUUAUAGUCCUCUACCAAGUUUGUUCAAAUUAUGUCCCUUGGGUCAAAUUUGACCCUGCCCUGGGGGUCACAAAAUUGAACAUAUGCUUAUAUAAGGCCUAUUUUGUGAAAACUUUUAAAAUCUCUUGUCCAUAAACAUUGGGCCUAGGGAUACCAAAUUUGAUAUGUAGUGAAAUCUUUUAGUUCUUUACUAAGUUUGUUCAAAUUAUGCCCCUGGGGUCAAAUUUGACCCUGCCCCAAGGGGUUUACAUAAUUGAACAUAUUCUUAUAUAAGGCCUAUUUUGUGAAAACUUCAAAAAUCUUCUUGUCCAUAACAGUCCAGCCUAGGGCUAUCAAAUUUGUUAUGUAGUGACAUCUAAUAGUCCUCUACCAAGUUUGUUCAAAUUAUGCCCCUUGGGUCAAGUUUGACCCUGCCCCGAGGGUCACAAAAUUGAACAUGUGCUUAUAAAAGGCCUAUUGUGGAAAAGCUUUAAAAUCUUAUUGUCCAUAACCAUAUGGCAUAGGGCUACCAAAUUUGGUAUGUAGUGACAUCAUCAUGUUAUAGUUCUCUUCUUAGUUUGUUCAAAUUAUGCCCCUGGGGCCAAAUUUGAAACUUCCCCGGGGGUCACAAAAUUGAAUAUAUGCUUAUAAAGGGCUUAUUUUUGAAAACUUUAACAUCUACUUGUCCAUAACCAUUGAGUCUAGGGCUACCAAAUUUGGUAUGUGGUGACAUCUUAUAGUCCUCUACCAAGUUUGUUCAAUUAUGCCCCUAGGAUCAAAUUUGACCAUGCCCUGGGGGUCACAAAAUUGAACAUACGCUUAUAUAAGGCCUAUUUUGUGAAAACUUUAAAAAUCUCUUGUCCAUAAACAUUGGGCCUAGGGCUACCAAAUUUGUUAUGUAGUGAAAUCUUAUAGUUCUCUACCAAGUUUGUUCAAAUUAUGCCCCUUGGGUCAAAUUUAACCCUGCUCUGGGGGAUCACAAAAUUGAACAUAUUCUUGGAUAAGGCCUAUUUUGUGAAAACUUCAAAAAUCUUCUGUCCAUAACCAUCCCGCCUAGGGCUAUCAAAUUGAAUAUGUAGGGGUCACAAAACUGAACAUAGCUUAUAUGGGGCCUAUUUUGUGAAAACUUAAAAAAUCUUUUUGUCCAUAACUAUUGGGCCUAGGGCUACCAAAUUUGGUAUGUAGUGACAUCUAAUAAACCUCUACCAAAUUUUUUCAAAAAAUGCCUCUGAGGUCAACUUUUACCCUGCCCUGGGGGGUCACAAAAUUGAAUAAACACUUAUAAAACGCCUAUUUUGUGAAAUCUUUAAAAAUCUUCUUGUUGAAAACCAUUCAGACUAUGGCUAUCAAAUUUGGUAGGCAGUAACAUCUUAAAGUCCUCUACCAAGUUUGUUCAAAUUAUGCCCUUUGGGUCAAAUUUGACCCUGACUUGCGGGUCACAAAAUUGAACAUUAUACACGCUUAUAUCUUGCUUAUUUUGUGAAAACUUUAAAAAUAUUCUUGUCCUUAACGCUAGGACCUAGGGCUACCAUAUUUUGUAUGUACCUGUAGUGAGAUAUAGUAGUCCUCUACAAAGUUUGCUCAAAUUAUGCCCCUGGGGUUAAAUUUGACCAAGCCCAGGGGGUCACAAAAGUGUACAUGUGCUUAAAUAGGGCCUAUAUUUAAGUAUUUGCAAAUGCAGAGAAUAUUUGUUUCAGCCUUUUUUCAGCAGUGGAGCGAUACAGGGCCAUCAUGGCCCUCUGGUUAAAAGAGGGGUGACUUAUUUAUGCAUUUCAUUUUCAUUUAAAAACUGUGUUGACAUAUAAUGAUGCCUAUCAUGUUUCCUGUACUAUAAUUUUUUGUAAGAAAUGUUCCCAAAUUAUGCAAGCUCAAGGACAUUGAACCAAACUUGAUCCAUGAAAUUUAUUAUGGUAAUCUGCUCACAUCUCGUUAGAAUAUCAUUAAAAUACAUCUCAAAAGUGUUGCCUAUAUGCUUGACACCUGUACUUAAUCAUUUGAUGUUUUUUCCUAAGUAUAUAAUUAGAUUCAAUAAAGUAAUGUACAGCUCUUAAAUAUGCAAUUCACUAACUAUAUCAAGAUUUGGAUGAACAUAAUGAAACAUAUGAUAUAACAACACAUAAAAUAAACAUACCAAUUUGCAUCUAAAUCGAGGUAUGAUGAAGCACAAAUGACAUAAUUGUGUACUGUAAAGGAAGGUUGUUUAUUCUUUACAUUCUUGUUGAUACCUGUAGAAUCAUAAGGUUUCUGUCUAAAAACAUAAAAGAUUCACUUAUUAAUACAAAGUAAGCUAAUUAUGCAACAUGCAGAACACAUUUAUGAGUUAUAAUGAACAUAUAUAAUUCAUCACAAGUGCUAUAGGAAAUUUAAUGCAAAAUAAAAAAUACACAUUUAUUUACUGAAAUCAUAAUAUAUUGUCACUAGAUAUGGUAUAAAAGUUUUCUAAAAAGUAGUUUAGUAGUUGAUGUUUAGAAUAUAUUACAGCAAACAUAAAAUGUCAGUGAUUGUUUCAAAUGUAAAAACAUGUUUUUCAGGCAAUUAUCUAUUUGUGUAGUUAUUUAAAGGUUACUCUGUACAAGUUUACUUUAUCAAGUAGAUGAGUCAGUAGGCACGAUACUUGUCUUGUUAUAACAUAGGCAUAAUAAGUCUCUAUGAUAAAGGGUGUUGUGCUUACUGAAGUGUCUCAGAUAUGAAAAAGAUACUUGCAAUCACUAAGGAUGAAGUGUUUCAGCUAUGAUAACCUUCAUUGUACUCACUAAGGAUGAAUCAAAUAAAAUAUAUGAAUCAAAA